AGCCGGCUGUCACUUUGUUUAUGUAAUUGUAAUCAGCUGAGAGCAGAUAUUUGGAAAAAUAUGUUUGGUGUUAGUUUUCGUCAUUUGGCUAGAGUUUCUGGAAGAAGCGGCACAUCAAUUAGCAAAUAUUCGAUAGCAAAAAUGUCACAGGAAAAACAGCAGUAUCCACCCAUAGAGACGGCCAUGAGGAAAGCAUUAACAACAGAGUUGAAGCCUCUGUUUUUAGACGUUUCAAAUGAAUCGCCAAUGCAUAACACUCCGAAGCAGGCCGAAUCUCAUUUUCGAGUACUUGUUGUGUCCGACAAAUUUAACGAUUUGACGCUGAUCAAGCGCCAUAGAUUAGUUAACGAUACAAUAAAGAAAGCGCUUGAGGCAGCGGGAUUCGAGUUUAUGCACGCUCUGUCCAUCGAGGCAAAGACACCAAAGCAAUGGCAGCCCGAUCAUGAACCGGAGAAGAGUCCCCCGUGUCUGGGUGGAUUUGGUAAAUGAAUGAUUUAGAAAUACAUUAUUGUAUAUAAAAAUAAUUAGCCAGUUUGCUAAAAUUAUGAUUAAACGCGACAAGUUUACCUGUAGCGCCAAAGCCCUCGGCUUAUGUCUUAAUUGAGCUUAAAGAAGAAAUAUACGCUGAACGUUUUGUUCUCGGACUAAUUAUAAUUUAAAA